GCUUUUGAGUUCUUUUUUUUUGGGUUUCUGUAUUGUCCGGGUGUGUCGUCCAAUACCGGAGAAUUCUCUCAAGCAUUGUAAUUUGCAGCAUUUAAUCAUCGUUGAACUUGAUCACUUUAGUGGCACGCGGAGGGGUAAAUUGCAAAUGCACUUUCCCCCGCCAAUAAGUGCCUAAUUAUGUUGGCUUCUUUUGAUGGUUUUUGGUUGAUGGGAGGGAAGGAAGAAAUUACUGGUAAGAAAAUCUCUUGCCACUGUCUUCCUCAUUGCCUCAGUGUUGCUCCGUCAAGACGGAUGAUUUGUGAAGUUCCUCGUGGUCUUCAGGUGUUUGCUUACUCAGUACUUUUCGCACUUGGCUAUAAUUUGUAUAGACACUUGGUCAAAAAAAGUUGAUUGUUGCACUUUUUGUUCAUCCUCUUGCCUUCUCACUUUUGCAUAUUGGCGGAAAUUGUGUCAGUUGGUCGGGGCUGUUGAAUUUUUUUUGUGUUUUUGCCUCUGUUAAAUUCCACCGAUCAUUCUUCAAGAAGGUGCGCAUGAGGGCAAUUCGACAAUAAUUUGGAAGAUACUUAGUUGUGGAAAGAUAAAUCCCCACUUUGUGUUCAAUUAAGUGCAAUCCUGAGAUACAGGAUUUCGUGAGUGUGAUAACUUUAAGUGCGUGAUGAUGGCCAUGGUGAUCAAUUCAACUCAGUCAAUGGUCAACCAUAUCUACGAUUACUACCUCUGGACACUCACACUGUCCGAUGACAGGACCAAAGGAUGGCUCCUUGUGGACUCACCACUGCCAACAUUCAUUUACACAAUUAUGUACUUGGCUAUUGUAUGGAUUGGACCCAAGUUGAUGCAGAAUCGAUCUCCAUACAAACUUACGGGUCUGCUAGUGCCCUACAAUCUCUCCAUGGCUAUCCUAAAUGGCUACAUCUGUAUCCAGCUCUUCACUGCUGCGACACGCCUUAAAUAUAGCUACGUCUGCCAACCAUGCCGUGCCAAUAAUCAUCCGGAUGAGAUGCAAACUUUUUUGCAGAUCGCUAAGGCUGUUUGGUGGUAUUACUUUUCGAAGCUCCUUGAAUUUUGUGACACUUUCUUCUUCAUUCUACGCAAGAAGGACAAGCAGUUGACUUUCCUGCAUGUGUAUCAUCACAGUACGAUGUUCACUUUGUGGUGGAUUGGAGUCAAGUGGGUGCCCAGUGGUUCAACAUUUCUUCCGGCUAUGGUCAACUCCUUCAUACAUGUUCUCAUGUAUUCGUACUACGGACUGUCGGCUCUUGGACCAGCGGUAUCCAAAUAUCUCUGGUGGAAGAAGUACCUCACGAUUUUGCAACUGAUUCAAUUCACUACGGCCUUAAUGAUGGGCAUUAAUGGAAUCCGAACAGGAUGUGACUUCCCUCUGUGGAUGCACUAUGCCCUAGUUAUCUACAUGAUGUCCUUCAUUGUCCUGUUUGGCAAUUUCUAUGUUAAGGCGUACGUGACGAAUGCAAAAAGACGUACACCACUGCGAGAGAUCAACGGAAAUGCCCUCAACAAUGGCUACCACCACGCAAAGAUUCACUAAACGUUUCACACGCCAAUCAAUCAUCAUGUCGAUUGCAUUGAUUACUCUCCCUAUCGUACUCCUUCCCUUCUCGCCCUCUUUACAUUUUACUCACAUCGCGACAAACAAGUUUAUUUAAGAAAUCUUUAGGAAAAAUACGUUUUCUUCCUCCAGGAGGAGCAUUCUCCUAAUCUAAGGGGAACAAAGAAUGUUCAGAUUCUGGGAUAAUUUGUAUUUUAUUGCAAUUUAUUUAUGCAGAAUAUAGCGUUUGGGCUAUAUAAAGCAUAUGCUUCAUGUGAAUAUUCUUCAAGACUUUGGCAUUAUUAACUCUGAUUUAUUCAAUUUGUAUUUGUAUUAUUUAAAUUAAAUUAAAUAGUUAUAUCAUUUGAAGAAUCUCCAUAAACUUGAAUUAUUUACUGAUCAAUUAUAAUUAGUUUACUAACCAUUUUAGAUCUCUACUAAUUAAAAUGUUUUUUUUUAGUUUAUUAAAUGCUUAAUUUAUUGUUUAGAAAUGUGUAUAAUAUGCCUUUUAUAAAUAUUCGUAUAUAUCGCGCAGGAUAAAUGCGAUUUGGGAGCUUCCAACGGGAGCUAGUCGAACUUCAAAUGUAUCAGAAAGUUAUUAAGCACUGAAUUUCCUUUCAUUUACAUUCAAAAUUAAUUAAAUAUUUUCUUGACUAUAUUACUUGAUAAAUACCGGAAAUAAAAGCAAAAGCAUGCCGAAAUCUCUUGAAUCUUCGUCCCUUUUGCCUUAGAAAGAUCCCGGUGAUAUCGAUAUUGCAAUAUAAUUAAAAAUCAAUUAUUCGUUCAAAAAGAUGCUAAAUCAAGAAGAAUCGCAGUAAAAUACUUUUUAUGCCAGAAAUACUGGACCAAGUAGUUUUUGUGCAGUGCAUUUCCACCUGGAGAGGUUUCAACUGCUCAUAAAAUGAGGAAAAAUUCAAAAUUUGUAUAGCUUCUAAGACACAAAGAACACCAUUUAAAAUAAAAUAUUAUAGGAAUAAAUUGAUACAAAUGCAAUAACAAA